CUUCCUUUCGACUAGGAGGCCCAUCGACCAAUUACUUCCAAAUCGAGACUCUGAACACUCCAAAACUUCUGCGUGACUUUAUUGCAUGUACUGUACCACAUCUCCCGAGCCACCUGAAUUUUGGCGAUGUCUUCGCCAGCAGCAACGCCUCCUCCGAAGGACCCAAACUCUGAGAGAAACUUCAGAUUCCAUCAGAGUGGUACACCAUGCGAGUGGGCAGAGUCUUACCGUCCAGGAGGAUUUCAUCCGGUCCACUUUGGCGACAUCUUCGAAGGCCGUUAUGAGAUCAUUCGUAAGCUCGGGAACGGUUCAUUUGGCACGGUUUGGCUGGCAUUCGAUUCAUCCCGUAACCGCUACGUUGCUCUGAAGAUUGAAGUAGCCAAGCGGAAGGAGCCAACUGAGGUAAAGAUAUAUCGCAUUCUUGCCAAUAAGGUAUCAAAUGACCAGGGCUCGAAGUUUGUCGUGGGUCUUUUGGACUACUUUUAUCACGACGGUCCCAACGGCAACCACCUUUGCCUCGUACUUGAACCUAUGGGUCCAAGCCUGUCUUCGGUCCUCAACGCCCCGCUCGAGAUGUAUGAUCCCCGGAACCCGCCUGUACGACGCUUUGAAAGUGAUCAAACAAAACGCAUUUUGCGGCAUGUUCUUUCUGGCCUCAACUUCCUUCACAGCAAUGGAAUUGUGCACGGCGAUCUUCAAUCAGGCAACAUCCUGUUCGCUCUACAGGAUCUCCAUCUUUUGGAUCGCCAAAUUCUCAAGCAAGAUGAAAAUGACGCCUCAAAAAUUGACAUGUUGCGUCGUCUUGAUGACAAGCCCGACAGGUGGGCCCCGAAAUAUCUGGCCGUAUCGGAUCCCCUGUCAAACUAUAUGCUCGAGGGGCAAAAUCAAGUGACAAAGCUUUCAGACCUAGGUGGAGCCUUUUGCAUUGAUGAUCCGCCGCUGUCUGUUCUGACUCCAGUCUCCCUUCGAGCACCAGAGGCGCUCCUCAACGAAGCUAUCGGAAUAGGCAUUGACAUCUGGAGUUUUGGCUGUAUCGUCUACGAGCUCGUCACAGGCGCGGCACUGUUUCAACUUCCUCCUUUCGGCCUUAGCGAUAGCGAGAAGAAAGACGAACAUCUGAUACAGCUGACCGACAUCAUUGGACCACUCCCACAGACUCUUGUAGCGAAAUGGUCUAAUGCAGCAAAAUACUAUGAUCGUAGCGGAGAAAGACUCGAUACGGUCCCAACGGAUAUCAUAGACGAAGUCACUGAAGACAGCAAUCCCGAUUGUCGUUUGGAAGAUGACAGCUCUGAUGAACUCGAAGAUAUGGACAGAUCGGGACUCGACUUAGCUGAGCGCGGACCACCACAAGUCCAAAAAUCCCUAGAAAAGCUGGUGAAGACCCUUAAGGCACCUGAUCUUGGUGAUGAGGAAGAAGAACAGCUCAUAUUAUUGCUGAGGGCCACUUUCCAUUACGAUCCUUUGCAACGCCCAUCCGCAGCGGCAUUGCUCGAUUUUCCUUGGCUAAAUACUUGAGGUAAACCAUGAAUAUGCAACGAAGUCAUAGUCAGUAGAUCUAUCCUCAACAUUUAAUGCUACGAGAGUGCGGCUGUUCAUGUUCCCCACAUCAGAGACAGAGGCUCGAUGAAUUCAUGGCUUUGUUGAGGAUUUGAGAAAGAAUUACCAAUUUAUUCUGUUUUUG